AAAUGCUGGCCAAACAUCAACAGCAACGACGUCGUAUCAUAUAUCAGUUACAAACACACACUCGUAUAGUAGUGCAAACUGCAAAGUCAUAAACCCUAGUUACUGUUUUGUCUCAUUUCAUCUGCGUUGCCGUUCACUGUUCUGACGAUGGAACCUCCCUCAUCGGAGCCUGCAGCUUCCGGCGCCGGCGAAAACCUCAGCAAAAAUGCAUUGAAGCGGGAACUCAAGAACAAGCAGAGAGAAGAGGAGAGAAAGCGCAAGGAGGAAGAAAAGGCCAAAAAGGCUGCUGAACUGCAACGUGCUCAAUCUAACAAACCUGCUUCUGCCGAUGACGAUGAUAUGGACCCAACGCAAUACCAUGAGAACAGGCUUAAGUAUCUUGCUGCCCACAAGGCGGAAGGGAAUAACCCGUACCCGCACAAAUUCGCGGUCUCUAUGUCCAUUGAGCAAUACAUCAGCAAAUAUGGAGGGUUGAGCGAUGGGGAGCACGUUGAAGAUGUCUCUGUGUCUUUGGCUGGCCGAAUUAUGCACAAACGUACUUCGGGUGCAAAGCUUGUCUUUUAUGAUCUUCAUGGUGGUGGCCUCAAGGUUCAGGUUAUGGCUGAUGCAAGUAAAUCUGAUUUGGGUGAGGUUGAGUUUUCCAAAUUCCAUUCUAAUGUGAAGCGUGGGGAUAUUGUUGGUAUCACUGGAUUUCCAGGGAAAAGUAAGAAAGGGGAGCUUAGUAUUUUCCCCAAGACUUUUGUAGUGCUGUCUCAUUGUUUACAUAUGAUGCCAAGGGCAAAGUCUGCUGCUGCUGCUGCUGAUAAUGCAAAUUUGAAGAAAAGCGCAUGGAUCCCAGGAAGUACCAGGAAUCCUGAAACAUACAUUUUGAAGGAUCAGGAAACAAGGUAUCGUUUACGCCAUUUGGAUUUGAUGUUGAAUCCAGAGGUUCGAGAGAUAUUUAAGACCAGAUGUAAAAUCAUCUCUUACAUCAGGAGGUUCCUUGAUGACCUUGAUUUUUUGGAGGUUGAAACACCUAUGAUGAACAUGAUUGCUGGUGGAGCAGCAGCCCGUCCAUUCGUUACUCAUCACAAUGAUCUUAACAUGAGGUUGUACAUGAGAAUUGCUCCAGAACUUUAUCUUAAGGAGCUUGUUGUUGGUGGGCUGGAUCGUGUAUAUGAAAUUGGUAAACAGUUUAGAAAUGAGGGUAUAGAUUUGACACAUAAUCCUGAGUUCACUACCUGCGAGUUUUAUAUGGCUUAUAUGGACUACAACGACUUAAUGGAGAUAACAGAACAAAUGUUGAGUGGCAUGGUUAAGGAACUCACAAAAGGAAGCUACAAAAUCAAGUAUCAUGCAGAGGGGAUUGAUAAGGAUCCUAUUGAAAUAGACUUCACUCCACCCUUCAGAAGGAUUGAUAUGAUUGAGGAACUAGAGAAAAUGGCAGGCCUCAGUAUUCCCAAGGACUUGUCUAGUGAGGAAACUAAUCAAUAUCUGAAGAAUGCUUGCUUGAAGUAUGACAUCAAAUGCCCUCCCCCUGAAACAACCACUCGCUUGCUGGAUAAACUUGUAGGGCACUUUUUGGAAGAAACGUGUGUGAAUCCUACAUUCAUCAUAAACCAUCCUGAGAUAAUGAGUCCUUUGGCGAAGUGGCACAGAUCAAAACCAGGCUUGACAGAACGCUUUGAAUUGUUUGUUAAUAAGCAUGAACUUUGCAAUGCAUACACUGAAUUGAAUGACCCUGUAGUACAACGUCAGAGAUUUGCUGAACAACUCAAGGAUCGGCAAUCAGGCGAUGAUGAAGCAAUGGCCUUAGACGAAACAUUUUGUACAGCUCUAGAGUAUGGUCUGCCACCAACUGGGGGUUGGGGUUUGGGUAUUGAUCGGCUGACGAUGAUACUGACUGAUUCUCAGAAUAUUAAGGAAGUACUUCUCUUCCCUGCCAUGAAACCUCAAGAUUGAUCCUUCAACUAAACGCAGGUGUAGAAAAGUGAUUUGUUCAGAUAUGUUGCUCAUGUUGGUUUUCUGAUAUAAAUCCAUUUUUCCUCGAGGUCGAUAGGUUCAUAUUUCUUCCCUACGUUGUUUUCAGAAACUUGAGAAAUUCAAAAUGACCAGGGGGGAAUUAUUUUAUUAUUAAUUUGACUAGUAGUUUGCCAUUGCUGGUCCCUUUAAGAAAAGGGUUGGUUGGAGGGGUUCUUUCUUCUGAUGACUUUACCAUUGUAACUUCACUACCAGCUCAUUUUUCAUGUUUCAGAUUGCAGUUGAAAUUUCCAUACCGGUUUUUGAGCA